AUGCUCAGACUCAGGGUGUUCCUGCAAAAAAUCCUGAUCCUUCUGCACGUUAUCAUGUGCGUUGUCGUUGGCAAAACACUGAUGAUACUGUUUCCCAAUGCCAUGAAAAGAUACAUCCUAAAGCAGGGCGAGAAGAGCAGAAUGAACUCAAAUCCAAAAUUCAUCUAUGAAAACUGGGGGCCAACUUUUUUCAGCUUCAGGUAUUUGCUCUUUGUGCUGAAGGUGAAGUGGAAGAGGCUGGAGGAUGAAGCCUACGAGGGACAUCCUGCUCCCAACACGCCAGUGGUGACUUCCAGUGGAGAAGUUCGUCACCUCUUUGAUUUCAUGCAAGAUAACCGACCUUUAAUCCUGAAUUUUGGAAGCUGCACCUGACCUUCAUUUAUGUUAAAAUUUGAUGAGUUCAACAAGCUCAUCAAAGAUUUCAGCUCAAUAGCAGACUUCCUUAUCAUCUACAUCGAAGAAGCUCAUGCAGUAGAUGGAUGGGCUUUUAAAAACAAUAUUGUUAUUAAAAAUCACAGAAGCCUCCAAGAUCGAAAAAUUGCAGCACAACUUCUUCAGAAAAAUAAUCCCUUAUGUCCAGUGGUUUUAGACACUAUGGAAAACGUGAGCAGUUCAAAAUAUGCUGCACUGCCAGAACGACUGUACCUACUUCAAGGAGGGAAGGUCAUCUACAAGGGAGGAGUGGGGCCUUGGAAUUAUCACCCCCAGGAAAUACGUGCCAUCCUGGAAAAAAUGAAGUAG